AUGGAAUUAAAAUUUGUUGUUUCUCAGUUUGUUUUGCAAGUCCCCCAGAACACAGAAUUAGCUGAUAUGGAUAGCUCAAAGGACAGAGUGGCCCAUGCCACUACUAUACGUGAUGACUUAAAGAGUAGACUAAUGGGUGCUACAAAGCAGUUUAAGGAUGUCUUAACGAACCUCAAAACUCAUGAAAAUAGGAAUAAAAUUUUCUCUACAAAUGCAUCAAGAGAGAACCCACUGAUGCAUCAGCCCAAAAUUGUCAGUGAGCCAGCCCCUUGGUACAAGUGUAUGAUCCGUGGGAGCAUAUCGACCCCUCCAGUUAACCCUGAUCAAGAAGUAGAGAGAACCUUCAAAAGAAGACUAUGUCAAAUUAGUCUGAUGAAAACAGGGUAUGUUGAAAUUAGUGUGGAAAUGGAUCAGGGUAAAGAAAUGGCCGGUAAUCACCAGCAGAGUAUCUCAGAUUUUGCACAGCCAAAUCUCGAGGGGGUCGGUUCAAGCAUUGUUCAUCCUCCCAUUGUGGCAAAUAAUUUUGAGUUGAAGCCAAAUUUCAUCUAG